UUGUGCAGCUCACACUCAGCACACUCCCUUGCUCUCUCUCUCUCUCUCUCUCUCCCUUACUUCCUUUGCUGCUCUCCUGUUUCCUGCUGUGUUUCUUCAUCCCUUCUUCAGAACCAUCUCACUCCCACUCUUAACAAGGACCUACAAACCAGCUCUUGAAGGAAAUGGCUUCCAAACGAAAAACUGGCUACAAAUGUCGCAUAGCUGGAGUGCUGCUUCUCCUCUUGGCUAGUAUUGCUGCCCUUAUUGCUGUUGCCGUCAUUCAGGACACUUGGCGGUCCAAAGAGUACACUUUAGAGUAUGGCAUAGUGAUAGACUCGGGUUCAUCACGUUCCAAUGUGUACCUGUACGAGUGGCCUGGGGCAAAGGAGAAUGAAACCGGAGUGGUGACUGAGGUAUUGAACUGUAGAGUUGCUGGUGCUGGUAUCUCAGAGAUGAAAGUUGACCCAGUGAAAGAUGACAAAACUUGGCAGGCAUUUAACGAAUGCAUGGAUAACAUCACCAGAGCUAUUCCUAAGGAAAAACACAAAACCACACCUCUCUUUCUGGGAGCUACUGCUGGAAUGAGACUACUACAUGAGAGGGAUGAAAAGAAGUCCGAUGAAAUCCUGGCAAGCCUCCGAGAUUUCCUCUCGUCUUUUCCGUUCAACUUCCAAAAUGCUUCCAUCAUUUCUGGUCAAGAAGAAGGGCUUUAUGGGUGGGUCACUGUCAACUACCUCAUGGGAAACUUCUUGGAGAAAAACCUCUGGAACACCUAUGUACGUCCAGAGGGAAAAAAGACUGUAGGGUCCAUGGACCUUGGUGGAGCAUCAACACAGAUUGCCUUUGAUGUCCCGGAUCAUCUCAUGGGGCCUGACUACAUGCCUGUCAAACUGUACGGCUACCCUUACAAUGUCUACACACACAGUUUCCUCUGCUAUGGCAAAAAUGAGGCUGACAAGAGGGUUCUGGACAAAAUAGUCCAGGAAUCGUCUGACCGAUCCUACAUUAUUAACCCUUGCUAUGCUGAAGGUUACAACUACACCAUGACUGCCGCAUCCAUUUAUGACACAGAGUGCACAAAAAAGCCAAAGAACUAUAACCCAGAUGAACAACUCUUCAUGGUGGGAAAUGGUGACUCAGCAAAGUGCAAAAGCAUAGUGAAGUCCAUAUUUGAUUUCAAGACUUGUUCCUCAUCUCAGUGUUCCUUCAACGGGGUCGAGCAGCCGCCCGUCACUGGAGAGUUUAUGGCAUACGCAGGAUACUUCUUCAUUGCUAGGGCGCUUGGGCUGGAAGGAACAUCAGAUUUUGAUCAAUUCAAUGCCUCAGUUGAGGAAUUCUGCAACACAAAUUGGAAAGUGCUCAGGGCAGAGAAGACAUGGAUCUCUGACAGAUAUCUUAGGACAUACUGCUUUGCAGCUCACUAUGUCUUCACUUUACUGGCAGAUGGAUACAAGUUUGAUCAAGAGACCUGGAUAAACAUUAACUUCCAAAGAGAGGUGAAGAAAACCAGCAUAGGCUGGAGUUUGGGCUACAUGCUAAGUAUGUCCAACAUGAUCCCGUCUGAAGUGAAAGAAAUCCCCCCCCUGACGGACCCUGUCUUUGCCGGCCUUAUCUUUCUAUUUUCAGCACUAACCAUCAUAACUGUUGUUUUAGUUUUCAUCAUCAUCAUUCGCACCUGCUACUGAGAGUGUAAGUUACAAAGGGAAUGGUCUGCCAUUGUAAACUUUGGGGGCUGCUGUAAUCCUGCCAAUAUUUGGAGAGCUCUACAGCAGCAUGUGCCGAGGCAUUUUUACUAAAAGUUACUAAUGACAAUGUUCAUUUGUUUUGAGCCAUGAAUUGCCUUCUUUUUUUAAUGACAAGAGUUUAUGAAAACUGAAGUAAGAGCGCCCAAAACCUCUCACUGUGUAUCCUGCUGUUGACUUUGAGUCUCUGAGCUAGCCUUGCAUGUGGGACUGGUUUUAUUAAAGGAACAGUGUGUAGGAUUUAGGGGAAUAUAGUGGCAUUUAGCCAUGGAAAUUGCAGAUUUCAACCAGGGAAAACUUCUCCUGGGUAGAAUUCCUUCAGUGUUUAUUAUUCAGGAGGUUUUUAUUGGGAGCCAUAUUAUCCACAGAUGUGUCUUCCACUCCAAAACAAAAGGACCAGCUGAUUUAAACUGGUUAUACACUGAAUAACACAAUUUCACGGUAGAAAUCAGUGUUUCUUCCACACUGUCUGGCAUGUCGGCGAUGGGUGCUUCCCAGCACAAGCUAAUGUGUGCUUUCCUAUAUUCUCGGAUUAUUUACUGCGCGCUCACCUGAUAUCUGAUCCAGACUUUUAGACAGUUUUUACUAAGAGCCAAAUUGCCGCCGAGGUUUCCUCCUCUCCAAAACAUAACCCACUGAUAUAAAAGGGUAAAAACACCAAAUGAAGAAUUUUCACAUUUAAGAAAAUCAGUGUGUCUGACACAAAAGUGCAAAAAAAAAAAAAAAAAGAACAAAAACACGGUAAUGCCAAACGGCCGAAGAGGCCUAUGGCUCUAAUGCCAGUCUGUGGUUGUCCAUUGUGUGCAAGGUAAACAUGGCGGUGCAACAUGGUGAUCUCCAUAGCCAAGGAUCUGCUUCCUAUGUAUUAAUUAAUGACUCAUUCUAAGGUAAUGGAAACUAUUCUUAUUUUCAGGUGAUUAUACAGUAAAAAGCACAUUAUACUACGCAGUGUUAUAUUCAAUUUGUGCCAAUAGCUUCCUGUAAAUCCUACUGGACCUUUAAGACAGUGGGAAAAAAAACACCUCUAAAAGUAUUAAAAACAUGUUUAAUUCCAUACCUCAGGGAAACUCACAUAGAUUUAAGUAAUGGGAUUUUUUAUUAUUUUUUUUCAAGCUCCAAUAAAGGAAGAUAUUGUUUUACAGGCAACAACAGGUGACACAGUGGUUUACCUGAAUGCUGCACAGACAAUCAAAGAGCACCCAGAAAUGUCUGUGUGCUCGUUCUUGUUGCACAAUGUGUAAUCUUAAUAUGAGAUUCAAUAUGUGCAUUCAGACUACAUGGUCUCACACAUACAGACCCUCAGGCAAGAGCUUUCGAUAUUCACUCACCAACUGCCUCUUUUUUCUGCUGUAUUAUACAUGUAACUGCAUGCAAUGGAUCUGCUUUACAUACAAUAUGGUAGCACUCUGCAGCAGCUUUAUUCUUGUGUUUUAUAUUUUAUAUGUAUAUUAUAUAGUGUAUAAACUGAAUUGAAAACAAGAUGUAUGCAACAAAACUCCACAUUUACUGUAUGAAAACCUCCCUAAUUAACAAUGUAAUGAAUGUGCUACGUGCCAUCGCUUCAUUAUUAUUUUGCAAAAAUAAAUUCAUGAUAUGAAGUUUUUUCUACAGUCUAUAUGCAAACAAUUAAAUGGAGUAUAGAUUUUAUCGUCUGAGUAUGGGACAGCAGGAAACUAGUCACUAAAAAAUAUUUAGUGUUUCAACAGUGUUGUUUUCGCCCAUUAAAAAGGCCUAUAUCAUAGUCAUACACAAACUUUAGAGUAUUGUUGGACAAAUAGUAGAUAUUUAUAUAUAGUAGUCUAAGUCUGGUGUAAUUUGAGAAAACUACACCAGAGAAUUAGUGUAGAGGAUAAGUCCUGUCAACACUGACAAUCCAAACAUUUCCAGUUGUCAGUGUAAUCUAGACUCAGUUACUACAUUUACAUGCACUAAAUAUUUCAGUCUCUUAUUCCGAAAAACAAGGACAUGUAUAAAUGUAUACAGCACAUUUGGAAAAUGUGUAUCAAGUUAGGAUUUACCACAGUUUGCGACAUGUGACCCCUUUCCUGUCUACAGUCUGCCUGUUUAUGAUGAGCUCUACUUAUCAUGGAUACAUUGUACACAAACUACUCGCCAACAGUUUGCAAGAUAGAGAUAGAGAUGCAUGCUGGAAGAAAAGACCAUAUUGUUAGUGGGAAGAAGAAAAACACCUUUUAAACAUUAUGAAAGACUUGGAUAACUGGUUUCCGGAUAUGCGCAAAUACUGCAACACUGCCCUUUUCAAAAAGGUGCUUGAAGGCAUUAAAGAGGGAGGUUGUGUUAACAUGGUCCAACAAGUCCACACCAAAAGGAAAAAUCUUUUGUUUCAAAGAAGCAACAUUGCGCAUGCAGCUCCCACUGUUCAACUCUCCCAUAUUUCAAUGUAAUAAAUGACAAGUUAGGGCACGUUAUUCGAAGUAUGAAAAGCUACACGGACCUGGGAAUGUUAGUGGUGUAUUCAUUUUAGUUUUCACACAGCUUAGUAUGCAUAGUCUUUUUCGAAAUAAGCAAACAAAAUGAAUAUUUUGUGCAUAUAGCCUAAACAUAGUCAGUGUUGUUUAGAUAUUAUGAAAGAUAAUGUCCAUAUGUGGCCUUUGAUGAGAGAUUUAUUUCAAUCAGAAGGAACUAGUUUACAGAUAUAAAACAUUGCUGACAACAUGUCGGCUUGAGUUGUAUGUUACUGACUCAAUUUGGUGAGUUUUGAGAUGAGCCCUGAUCAGUCAGCAAGAAAACCUUGAGACCAUUACUGAAUCUGGAUAGAAAACGCUUGGCUGAGAGGAAGCAAUGAAUCUCACUGACUGCCUGAGCUGCAAUGACAUUGUACAAAUAUUGUACUCUAUUGGGAAGCUUUUUCGGUAACGUUGUCUUUGCACUGAAAAUAAUUAUGCAUGAUUAUCAUGUAAUGCACUGACUGUAUUGGACAUGUUUUGAUAUUAACUCUCUCUAUAUUCAGUAUCUAAUAAAUGUAUCUACUAUCUGCA